CGUCUGUAACAGAGACAGUACAAACUGUACUGUGCAGAGGCUAAGGGCAAGUGUAGUGCUUUGUCCUGGUGCUAUCUUUGCCAUGAACGAGUCUCUCCAACAAAGUAAGAACCAGCUUGAAUAAACUGGACCAAGGAGGUGGGAUGGCUGAGAAUGUCACCACAAUGGAAAGCUCGGAGGAUGAGGACUUCUAUGAUGCAUCUGAGUCCUUCCUUGACGUACACGAUGAGGAAGGAACAGACACUCCACCACAGUCUGACUAUGUUCCUCCAAUAGGAGAAAUAACAGUUCUCAGUGCUGGCCAGGAGGCUGUUUCUCUUGGCUUACGAGUUGGGUAUAAGCUGCAAGUAGAUUACUCCUGUGACACACAGAGAAGCAGUAUUAUCAUGGAGGACAACAGCACUGUGGAGGUUGAGGGACUGAAUCCUGGUACUGAGUAUACUUUCAGCAUCAUCAGGAUUGCUGGCAAUGGAAAUCGAAGCAAAGCAGCCUCGCUACGUGUUUUUACAGAGCCCAGCCCUCCUGUGCACAUUGCUGUCGAUGAGGUCAGCAGUGAGUCACUGUCUCUACACUGGGACAUUCCUGCUGGUGAAGUGGAGUGUUACAUUGUGACUUGGUGCAGUGAGGGGGAAAUUGUGCAGGAACUGACAACAGACACAAAUAACCUGACCCUCAGCGACCUGAAGCCAGGGGUGUGUUACUCUCUCCAGGUUUCUGUACAACUUAGGAAUGGGAAAAGAAGCAAGUCAACUGUAACAUCUGCCCACACAAAGACACAGCUGGAGAGCUUACUGGAGGAUCUGGGGUUGGAGCAGCACUACACAGAGAAACUAUCCCUGAGCACAGUACUUCAGAUUGACAAGAGGACCAUCAGUGAUGAGCCUGCCAAGUGUAACGCAGAUCUUCCAUGGUAUUUUCUGAAGAAACUGAUGAUGGUUAAUGUGACAGCUAGAAAUGUGAAAUGUACAUCAGUAUGUGAGUCAACCUGUGAUGCUGCCUCAGAGAAUACAGAGUUAGAUUUUGAUGAUCUGUUUGACAUUCUACAUUCAGGUGACAUGCUGAACCCCCUUGACAUAAUCACUGCUCUCUUUCUGUGUUCUGAUGGUUUUGUACAGCAGGAAAUGGCACUCAAAAUGUCUAUGUGUCAGUUUUCUGUGCCUCUGUUGCUUCCCAAUUGUGACACAAAGCAGUGCACACUCAUGCUUUGGGCCAUGAGAGACAUUGUUAAAAAGUACAGACCUCAGUCCCUUUUGGAAUCCAAGGGCUUUAUUGAAGACAGAAUUGUUGUCUCUGAACUCCCAAUGAUAUCUUUCGUGAGACUGGGUGAGUGCUCCAUGUCCAAGUCAGAGAUCCUCAAUAAGCUUCUGUGCAAUUCACAGCAGUACUAUGACACCUUUGUUCACCACAAUAUGGAGUGUGGUGACAGUCCAAGGAGAAUUUCCAAUGGACUGACUGAAAUUACUUGGUACCUUCCUUGUGGGAACAAAAACAUGGAUAUCUUCAGUGAGCCAGUGGCUGUAGCUAACCUUCGUGGUGACAUUGCUUCGUGUGAAACACAAUUUUAUUUUUUAUGCCAGACAUCUGCAGCAGUUUUUGUGUUCUUUGACACUUUGGACUCUGAGUGUGAGCUGCUUACCAACCUACACACCAACUCACAGAUCUUCUUGGUGGGUAACCAUCAAAGCCAUCGCUUCGAUAAAGAUGCUCUAAAAAAAGUAGCAACCAAGUUGGGCUUGACUAAAGACAACAUUCUCUUGAAGGCUAAGCACAUGAAUGAUGCAGACUUUGUCAAAAAUCUGCGUAAAACAGUCAGCAAUGUGGUUGAGAACUCAAAGAUCAAGAUGAGAAUUGAGCAGAUGGCUGACAUUGCUCAUGAGCUGGGAAUCUGGGUGGACGAAGACUCUUCAGAGUGUCAGACUGCCAAGGCAAAUGCAGAUGCUAUCACUGCAGGAAUUCAAGACAUCCUUAAAUACAAAGAUACAAAACUACCACUGCAAGGCCAAAUAUGGAAAGACCUGACUUGCUUGGAGAAAGAAGAAUUUCGGCUGCGAAAUGUCGGGUCAGAAAACAUAGAAAAGUACAAAAGUGAUCUUCAGGUACAGAAAGAUAACCUUCGACAAAAACAGAACACUUAUGACAUGUCAGAUGCAAUGGCAUGUUUCAUCAAGGCAAUAUCCAGCCCAGGGAUAGAGAGGUGCUAUUUCCUGAAAUGGCUGCGAAUGAACCUCGAUAACGUGUCUCGAGAAAAACUGUCUGGCCUCAGGGAGCAGUACAAAAAGAAAUGCAAAGAUUCUAAGAACAAAGAGGAGAUCAAAGAAAUUGACAGACAACUUUCCAACAGCUCGCUGGGAACUGAACACUUCUUCCGUGAAAUGGGUCAGAUCUAUGAAGCAUCAGUGUCCCUUCCGGAAAGAAACAGAUCACGUCUACAACUCCAGCAUCUGCCCAAACUGUGCGCACAAUUGUUGCUUGACGGCUUUCCCCUUGAGCUCGUGGAUGGAGACGCAUCGAACAUCCCUCUCAGAUGGGUGAGUGACGUCCUCUCUCAGCUCAAUGACUUGGUGCCUCCAGAGAGCAAGAUACGAGUAGCCACAGUUCUUGGAGUCCAGAGCACAGGAAAGUCUACUCUCCUCAACACCAUGUUUGGAGUGCAGUUUGCAGUCAGCAGCGGUCGAUGCACUCGAGGUGCCUUUAUGUUGCUCAUCAGAAUCGAUGAAGAUGUUAAAAAAGAACUCAAGUGUGACUUCAUGAUGAUCAUUGACACUGAGGGCUUAAAGUCACCAGAGCUGGCACAACUGGACAACAGCCACGAGCACGACAAUGAGCUUGCAACACUCGUUGUGGGGCUGAGUGACAUCACUAUCAUCAAUAUUGCAAUGGAGAAUUCAACUGAAAUGAAGGACAUCCUACAAAUAGUUGUGCACGCUUUUCUCAGGAUGAAAGAAGUGGGCAAAAAGCCCAAAUGCCAGUUUGUUCACCAGAAUGUGUCGGAUGUUUCAGCCCACGAGAAGAACUUACGAGACAGGAAACUCCUCUUGCAACAGUUGAACGAGAUGACGCAAGCGGCGGCCAAAAUGGAACAGAAAGAGGAGAACAAGAGCUUCACUGAUGUGAUGGAGUACAGUCCAGACACUGGGAACUGGUACAUUCCUGGACUCUGGAAUGGAAACCCACCAAUGGCACCAGUCAAUGCAGGGUACAGUGAGGCUGUUUAUGAGCUCAAGAAGAACAUAAUCCAAACUUUUGGAGGUUGUGAGUCAUCUGCUAAUGAUAUCUUAGACUUUGCAGAGUGGACAAAAAGCCUGUGGAAUGCCGUAAAGCAUGAAAACUUCAUCUUCAGCUUCAGGAACAGCCUAGUGGCUGAUGCAUACAUGAGGCUGUGCACAGAAUUCAACAAAUGGGAAUGGGAAUUCAAAAAAGAAAUGUACACAUGGGUUACAGAAGUUGAAACAAAAAUGUCCAACUUUGGCAAAAUUAAAUCUGAGACAUGUGACAUGUCAGAAUUUCUCUCUGAUUUGAAAAGUGAAGCUUGCACAGUGCUGUCUGAAUGGGAGACAAAGAUUCUUGAAAAUCUGAAAAAGUACUUCAAGCAAACAGAGGGCCACGUCUAUCUAGUAGAAGGGUACAGAGAGGACUUUGCAAACAGUGCAAAGAGCCUUCGACGAGAAAUGGAGAGCUCUGUAAUUAAUCAGCUCACAGCAGCAGCCGAUAUCAGACAGGGAAUGACAGAAAUUGAUAGAAUCAAGGAUAAACACACUACAGAACUAGAGGGGAGAGUGUGUGCAUUGAUUGAACAAUGUCGGGGGAAAAAAAUCAAGAUGACCGACAGACAGCUGGAUAGAGAAUUUGACAAGAUGUGGACUAAAACAGUGAAUGAACUAUCCUUUUCAAAACAAAAUGCCACAAAUGUCAUUGCAAGUGUGUCCUUCUACUUGAGAGCCAAUCUAUCACGUAAGGGGAGUCGUGUAUGUGAGUUAUUAGAUAAAAAAAGUCUGCAGGAUUGUGGACUGGUGCCUUUCAAAUACACAGCUGAAGGACUUUACAACAAGUUCAAACACAAAAUCAGCAGGUGGUUCAACAUUGAAGAUCACGUAAUGGCUUUACAAAACAUAGCUGACUGUGUCAUAGCAGAAUGCACAGCCUUCAUAACUGAAAAAAUGGAAAGGAAAAAUAAUUACCACAACACUUACAUCCAGGAGAUCCUGCACAAGAUUGAUGAGAGGCUGCAAAGCAGUAAGGAUGCUAAGAGAGACAUUGAGUUUGAAGUUUCUCUGAAACAGCACAUCUGUGGAGUUGCAGCCAGACAGUUUCAGAAAAUGCACGAAGAUUUCCUACGUGACAAUGAUCCCUACAGAUGUCUGAACCAAAACAAAGAAAAGUAUCGUGCUGAUUUUAAGGACGUGUUCCAUGAACGAGACCAGUGCCAGAAGAAGGCAGAAGAAUUCACCAACCGAUGCUUGAGACCUGCAGUUGAAGACUUUGUCAGCCGUUUCUUGGGUCCUGAUAUCGUUGGUGAAAUGCAGUUAAGCUUCGAGUUCAGCACAAGAAUGCACUUUCAGUUUUCAGUUUUACUGGAUUUGCUCUCAAAGAAAGACUUUGAAGACUACCUGAACUUCAUUUGCUACUAUGAGGAUUAUGUGAACAAAUGGAUAAGUGACCGUGUAUUGGAACACUUUUCAAAGGGGUCUACGACAUAUGAGUCCGAGGAUCGACAUCUCCAGUCAAGUAUCAAAAGCAUAAAUGAUGCUAUCAACAGAGCUAAAAAAGAGAAGAGAGGCAACAUGAAGGAAUUCAUUGAAGAUGUCUGUCAGGAACUUAGCGGUAAACUGGUCAUUCCCAAGGACGCUCUUGAUGCCUUCAUGAUCCUGAACAAUGCCACCCCAGAACAGUUUGCUCACUGGCUCACAGUGUGUGUGACGGAGAUGGCUGAAGCUCUUAGAAAGACGUUUAAAGAGACAGACAUCCAGCUGAAACUGAAAAAGCUUCAUGUGAAGCCUCAGAAGGAGCUUUUCACCAAAGUGAUCGGAUGUGGUAAACUGUGUCCAUUCUGCAAAGCACCCUGUGAGGCAGGAGGAAAAGAACAUAAAGAGCACUUCACUUCACUGCAUCGGCCAGAGGGUCUUGGUAAAUACAGGUGGACGUCAACAAACAAACUUUCCACUGACAUUUGCACUUCCUCUGUCGCCGGUAAUGGUUCUUUUCGCUGCAGUGAAACAAAUGGUGAAUAUCACCCUUUCAAGAAUUACAUCAAAAUUUUCCCAGACUGGAAAAUUGCUCCAGAUGGAAGUCUUCAGGCAUCAGACUACUGGAAAUAUGUACUGGCAAAGUUCAACAAAGAGUUUGCCAAAGCAUAUGGAGCAGAGCCUGCUGAUAUUCCUGCAACCUGGAAUGAUAUCACAUACAAAAAGGCAGAAGACAGUCUCAAAGAGUCCUUUAACGUCAAGUGAGAUGACUAACAUCCCCUCACCUGCUUUAGUCUACAGUACCCAAGAUCCUCCUUUCAAGGAUCGUUUGAUUUUACUUGUUUUUUAUGACAAAGUUGUAGAUAUUGUCAGUAUAGAAAGACAUUUUACCAUUCCAACGUAUGAUGGGUACAUAAGAGAAAAUCACUGCAAAUAGUGCUCACCUUUAGCGGAGAAUGUAUUUCACUUAUUUUAUCAGAACAAUCAGCUUUAUCUCUAUGUUUAUGUUCAUGAGGAUAUUUUAAAAUGCUUCUUGAUACUCGUCAAUGUGCACAUUUAAGAAACAUACUGAAUGCUUCUAUUCUGAUUAUGUCUGAGAGGGAAUUUUUGAUUUUCUGUGGCAGGUUAAUGUCAUUGUGUUGUCACAGAAAAAAUCAGUUUCUGAAAAGAUCAGAAAGGCAGCAAAGUGAAAGAAAACAUUUUUUUUUCCUUUUAUCGAAUUAAAUAUGAUUUGGAAUCUUUUUUGUUUGUUUCUGUGAUGUAUCACUCAGUCUGCAUGUGGCAUUGUCACAACCGGACAGACAGUUAAAAAAAAACCUAAUUGUGAUUUGCGAAUGAGAAUUUAGAAUCUGUUUGUUUUUCAGCAUGUAAGCUCCACAUUUUUUCCUUAUCUAAUUAAGUAUAAUCUGUGAUUUCAUUCAGAAUGACACUCAGAAUUCAAAUCUGUUUUAUUUCAAUGAAGUAUCUGAUUCCAAACAUUUACAUUUUUAAAGAAAUGAUAAGAACUCAUUCAUUGUAUAUGUGGUACUGACAACAUGCAAAAAUGACAGAAAGUUUGUUGAGUCAAAUUAAGUCUGAUAUGUGAUCUCUUUAAGCAGAAUUUAAAAUCUCUGUGAUUCUUUCUGCAGAGUACCUGAUUCCAAACAGUUACACUUUUAAAGGACUUUAAAUAUCAUUCAUUCGACAUGUGGUGCUGUCAAUAUAUCCGUCAAUAUAUUUACAUUACUUACUCGUGUUAACUGAUUCAAUAAAGAGACAAAAUUGGCAGACUGGC